AUGGCGCAAAUCCGCGGCACCGCGGGAUACAAUCUCGGUCACCAAAAUCCCUUCGGGGGACCUGGUCGCGCAGAUGCUACAAGUGACCCUAGCCCCUUGGAUGCCAUUCGGGAACAGACUAGCAAGAUUGAAGAUUGGUUGGACACGUUGGCAGAUCCCGUCAAACCGUAUCUACCAGCCAUUGGCCGUUUCCUGAUCGUCGUCACUUUCAUUGAGGACAGUCUGCGAAUCAUUACACAAUGGAGCGACCAGCUCCUCUAUCUGCGGGAAUACCGUAAAAUUCCGUGGGGUAUCACACACACCUUCCUCAUCCUCAAUGUACUCGCUAUGUCGAUAUGCUCAUUCCUGGUCAUUGCUCGCAAACACACUGAAAUCGCUGUCGCCGGCCUCUUGGGUGUCGUCGUCACCCAGGGCCUCGGAUAUGGACUAAUCUUCGACCUCAACUUCUUCCUCCGCAACCUGAGUGUUAUUGGCGGCCUCCUCAUGGUUCUCUCCGACUCAUGGGUCCGCAAGAAGUUCGUUCCGGCUGGGCUGCCCCAGCUUGAUGAGAAGGACCGCAAGAUGUACGUUCAGUUCGCUGGUCGUGUCCUGCUCAUCUUCCUCUUCAUCGGAUUUGUUUUCUCCGGCCAGUGGAGCUUCUGGCGCAUCCUGGUCAGCUUGUUCGGCCUCGUCGCAUGCGUCAUGGUCAUUGUGGGAUUCAAGGCCAAGUGGAGCGCAAUCAUCCUGGUGGUGUUGCUGAGCGUCUUCAACAUUUUGGUCAACAACUUCUGGACCCUCCACCCCCACCACCCCCACAAGGAUUUCGCCAAGUACGAUUUCUUCCAGAUCCUGUCUAUUGUCGGUGGUCUCUUGCUUCUGGUCAACAUGGGCCCAGGCCAAUUAAGUAUGGACGAGAAGAAGAAGGUCUACUAA